AUGAGAGUUCAUUUGCUGGCUGAUCUUAAGAAGGAGUGUCAGUUGCUUGUUGAAGGCUAUAGGAGCUCAUGGAAAAGUACUGGUUGUACACUGAUGGCAGAUGGCUGGACUGAUCAAAGGCAGCGUACGUUAAUUAAUUUUCUAGUUUAUUGUCCUGCUGGUAUGUCAUUUGUUAAGUCUGUUAAUGCUUCUGAUAUGAUAAAAACUGCCGAUACCUUGUUUAAAUUGUUUGCUGAGGUUAUUGAGUGGGUUGGGUCUAGUAACAAUGGGAAGAUGGUUAGCUCAAUUAUCUUGGAUAGUAAAUUUUGGGAGGAUUGUAUUACUACUGUUAUGCUUGUUGGUCCUCUUAUUAAGUUAUUGAGACUUAUUGAUGCUGAUGGGAAACCUUCUCUGAGUAUUGUGUAUGAGGGCAUGCAAAGAGCCAAAAUUGCUAUCAAGACAAUGUUUAGAAAUAGAAAAUCUGCAUACACACCUUAUACAAGUAUCUUGAAAAUACGGUGGGAUAAGCAUUUGAAGCGUGACUUCCAUACAUCAGCAUGCUUUUUGAAUCCAGAUUUCUUCUAUAGUGAGGGGUUUGUUGAGAAGGCAAAUAUCUUGAGGUCUUUGCUUGAUUUAUUUGAUAUUGAAACUCUUUGCGAUGACUCAGUUACCGCAAUACAAGAGAUACAGUUGUAUCGAGAUCAAAAAGGAAGUUUUGGAAGGAAAAGUGCUUUGAAAGCAAUUAAGAGACUUGAACUUGGUGAAUGGUGGAUGCUACACGGUAGGAGUGCUCCUAACUUGCAAAAAAUGGCAAUUCGUCUUCUUCAUCAAACAUCUUCAUCAUCCGGAUGUGAGAGGAACUGGAGUCUCUUUGAACAAAUCCAUUCAAAGAGGAGGAACCGAUUAGAGCAUCAAAGGCUAAGUGACAUUGUUUAUGUGACUUAUAAUCUACGCCUUCAAUCUAGAAUGCAUCGCAAGAAGAAGAAUUAUGAUCCAAUUGACAUUCAAAGCAUUGACACAGUAGAUUUUUGGGUAAUGCCGGAUGAAGAUGAUCCUGAAUUUAUUAAUGGAGACAUCGAAGAUGGAGAAAAUGUGGAAGUUGAUGUGAAUUUGCCUGAUGUUGCUGAUUCUUCAAAUACAGCUUCUUUUGGUGGUACUUUUGAUGAUGGUGGCUUUGAAUUACUUGUUUAUGAUGAAGAUAUUGGAACACUUAAUGAUAAUUAUGAUUUUUAA